AGAAGGCAUGGCGGAAGCUGUCAGCUCAAGCAGGGACUGCCUUCAAGCAGGCGAGUCCUGUACCAACGACCCCAUCUGCAGCGCCAAAUUCAGGACCCUCCGGCAAUGCAUCGCAGGCAACGGAGCCAACAAGCUGGGCCCCGAUGCCAAGAACCAGUGCCGGAGCACCGUGACGGCUCUGCUCUCCAGCCAGCUGUACGGCUGCAAGUGCAAGCGAGGCAUGAAAAAGGAGAAGCACUGCCUGAGUGUCUACUGGAGCAUCCACCACACGCUGAUGGAAGGCAUGAACGUGCUGGAGAGUUCCCCCUACGAGCCGUUCAUCAGAGGCUUUGAUUACGUCCGGCUGGCAUCCAUCACUGCAGGGUCUGAGAACGAGGUGACCCAGGUGAACAGGUGCCUGGAUGCUGCCAAAGCCUGCAACGUGGACGAGAUGUGCCAGCGGCUGCGGACAGAGUACGUCUCCUUCUGCAUCCGGCGCCUGGCCCGGGCCGACACCUGCAAUCGCUCCAAGUGCCACAAGGCUCUGCGCAAGUUCUUCGACCGCGUGCCACCCGAGUACACCCACGAGCUGCUCUUCUGCCCCUGCGAUGACACGGCCUGUGCCGAACGCCGGCGGCAGACCAUCGUUCCUGCCUGCUCCUACGAGUCCAAGGAGAAGCCCAACUGCCUGGCGCCUCUGGACUCAUGCCGGGAAAACUACGUUUGCAGGUCACGCUACGCAGAGUUCCAGUUUAACUGCCAGCCGUCCCCGCAGGCUGCGAGCGGCUGCCGGAGGGACAGCUACGCUGCCUGUCUGCUGGCGUACACGGGGAUCAUCGGCAGCCCCAUCACACCCAACUACAUCGACAACUCAACUUCCAGCAUAGCUCCCUGGUGCACGUGCAACGCCAGCGGCAACCGGCAGGAAGAGUGUGAGAGCUUUCUGCACCUCUUCACCGACAAUAUCUGUCUCCAAAAUGCCAUCCUGGCCUUUGGCAAUGGGACCUACCUGAAUGCAGCUGUGGCCCCAUCCGUCCCCCCAACCACACAGAUGUACAAGCAGGAGCGAAACACCAACAGAGCCGUGGCGACCCUCAGAGAGAACAUCUUUGAGCACCUCCAGCCCACCAAGGUGGCCGGAGAGGAGAGGCUCUUGCGGGGCUCCACUCGCCUGUCGUCAGGAACCUCCAGCCCAGCAGCUCCAUCCCUCUGGGCAGCCUCUCCGCUCCCGAUGCGGCUUCUCCUCGCUCUUGCCGUGCUGAGCCUCUUCGUGAUGUGA